ACUGUCAGUGUCAAAAAUCAUGCCGAUAGCCGGAAAAGCAAAACUUUAACCUAAGCUUUUAUUUUUAUUUCUUGUAAAUCUGCUAAAAUGGACGGCUUAUCAAAUUACAACAGCUUUAUAGCAUUGCACAAACCUCAGCUACUGUUGUCCGGAGUUCCCGAACACUUCUGGCCGAUUUUAUGUAAGAAAUUACGUGAUGAAAUAUUUGACUCUGGUUUAACUUUUCAACUUGUGCAAAUUGACUAUGAAGACUGUGAGAAGACACCGUACGAUCCCCUCUGGAGUGUCAUCGCUAUCAAGGAUAUAGACAGAUCCGACUGUGAUCAUAUUUACUUGAUUGACCAUGCCUGGACUUUCAAAGCUAACGUGGUCAAAAGUAACCUUCGUAAUGUUCCUGGGUUACUGGACAGGAUGUGUAACCUCAUGCAGGUAGAUGCUGAAGACACUGAUGAGAAAAUUGAAAAAGUAUCUCAACUUGUGUGGAAGUAUGCACAUACUUAUGCAAUUGGUGGCAAUGAGUUUUCUGUUGAAGACAGAGUGCCAGUGUGGUAUGUGCUGGACGAGCUAGGCUCAGGAUUGACCCACUCUGACAACCCUAACUUCCGAGCAGUGCCAUUCAUCCACAUACCAGAUCAGAUGACCUACACUCUGCUAUUUCCUAUUGAGAAUGUUGAGGAAGGAGAGGCAAUCACAAGAAACUUUGUUGAGGGUGAGUUUCAAGACCAACGGCAGAGAGAUGCCAUGUUGAUACCCUGGAGGCAGUAUGAACACUUCUAUGAGCCAUACACACAAGAGGAGCCUGGUCCAAACUACUUCUUGGAAGGACACAUUGUGGAGACCCUGCCUACCCUGGAGCUGCUGGCUGCUAGACCUCCUCCAACAGAAAAACUUAAAGUGUUCUCAGAGUACAUAUACAUCAACCAGUACUUGACAUCUAGCAACUUUGAAAUUGUAGAUAAUGAAAAUGAUGCUGAUGUUCUUUGGUACCUGAAUCACUUCAAAACAUUCAAAGAACUGAGUGAGUCGUCACCACACAAGUUUGUUAACCAGUUCCCCUUUGAAUAUGUCAUCACAAUUAAAGAUCUUUUACCAAUAGUGGCUAGAAGAUGUGUAGGACAGCAAGGACAUGCAUCUCAUGAGCAAAUGGAUACCUACCCACUGUGGUUACCAACAACAUUCAACAUGAAGACUGAAUUAUCAAAAUUAGUAGCCCACUAUAUGCAGAGGAAACAAGCUGGCUUAGACAAUCAUUGGAUUUGCAAACCAUACAAUCUAGCCAGGGGUCUGGACACCUACAUUUCUGACACCCUAGACUUUCUGUGCCGUUUGCCACUGACUGGCCCUAAAAUAGCCCAAAAGUACAUUGAAAACCCUGUGCUGUUUGACAGACCUGAUGUCGGCCAAGUCAAGUUUGAUAUCCGAUAUGUCAUCUUGCUGAAAUCAGUAAACCCAACUGAGGUAUACAUUUACAGUAACUUCUUCCUGAGGUUUUCAAACAAAGCCUUUGCUAUGAACAACUUUGAGGACUAUGAGCAACACUUCACUGUCAUGAACUACAAUGAGGAUGCACCUCUCUUCAGGAUGCUCUGUGCAGAGUUCAAGCAGGAGUGGGCAAGACAGUAUAGCAACUAUAAAUGGGAAGAUGUAGAGAAAAGAAUAUUCAAAAUGAUUGGUGAACUGUUUACUGGUGCCACAAUGAAGGAAGCUCCUUGUGGGAUAGCAAAGAGCCCGCAGUCUAGAGCCUUGUAUGCAGCUGACAUAAUGCUGAGUUGGCACCAGGAGAAGGGGGAGCCUGUGAUGCAGCCAAAGCUCCUGGAGGUGAACUGGAUGCCGGACUGCCGCCGCGCCUGCGAGUACUACCCUGAAUUCUACAAUGACAUAUUCUCAGUCCUUUUCUUGGACAAGCCAGCUGAAACUUGUGUGAAAGUCUUGUGAUUAUAGAAAACAAAUGAAAAUUCCAUCAAUACGUUAGCAUUUAUUACGUGCAAUAUUUAUUGUUACAAAACAAUCUAAUAAUAAUAAACAGAAGAAUUAUAA